ACGUGGUUAUGGACGAUUCUGUGAUGUGGAUGUGGCUGAGCUACCUCAAGGAGCUUGAGGUCGCCUGCUCGGGAGGGGGGCUGCCGCCAGGCGGCGCCACCGCCGUCAAAACAAUCUGUAAGCUCUCGUGUGCUCAGCACAAAAGUCUCCGAACUCAAUAAUAGCGAACCGUGUGGACACUUAACGACUACAAAUGCGUUUUAGAUGUGCACAAACACUAAACAAACUACCCGAAGUGAGGACGAGGAAUGGGGAAACGAGAGCGAGGCGAUGCCGGGAGAACCUCGCACGCCAAGCUCGGGGGGCGAACGACCUGCAUCUAGUGGCGGCGCCUCGCCUGCUUCUGGGGGCUCACCGGCUGCUUCACCACCGCGACUACGCCUUAAUACGAGCCUCGCGACUGACCCUGCCUUAGCACCGCAAGCAACAUCGCUCAAACGUGAACCGCCCUCUCCUUCUCCUCCUCCGCCGCCUACACCAGCUACUCAGGCGCGUGAAUACAUUGCACUAACGGCUGCCGCUUUCCCUGGCCUGUUCCCGACAAACGCGGUGCCGGGCUACAUCUGCAAUCCGUGUGGUAUCAGAUACUCAUCUCUAAGUACGCUCCAAGCACAUCAAGCACAUUAUUGUGCGAACAGAAAACCUAAGCCUUCUGAGGCAACGGAUGCAUCAGCCUACGCUGCAGGUGAUGACUCAAGUGGAGAUUCAAAAACUUCAAAACCAGCAGGGAAGCAAUACGCUUGCACAUUAUGUUCGUACAGUGCUGACAAAAAAGUCAGUUUGAACAGACAUAUGCGAAUGCAUUCUUCGUCCCCUGUCAGCAGCGGGACGCCCGCACCGGCGACGCCCACGUCCAAUGGUGAAGCAACUGAGAGUCCCCAAGCUCAGGACCGAUAUUGUACCGAUUGUGAUAUUCGCUUUAGCUCUACAAAAACAUACAGAGCACAUAAAGCUAACUACUGCAGCACCCGUCAAGUUGUCAAACAAGCUCUGCAGGCUAUUAAAGGAAGCUCUGUAACGUCGGGCUCGGCUCCUCCAUCACCGGGAGCGACACCACCAGCACAAAAUCAAUAUGCUCUGGCGUUACCCACAAAUCCAAUACUUAUCGUCCCGUAUACGUUACUGCGCAGUGCCAGCACGCUUCCCGGGGCGACGCUGCCGGAUCCGGAUACUCCAUGCUUCUUACUACCAAACGGUACAUUCCAGCCUCUGACUCACAUUUUACCCAAUAUCAAUACAGAUCCCAAAACACCGGAGGUCUUAAAAUCUGCAAAUCGAGCACGAGAUUCCUCAAGAGAUGGCACGACGCCUCUGGACCUCAGCGUGCGCCGUUCGCCGGAGUCUGUUGUGGUAGAUGAACAUGAAAAAGAAAACAGGAUUCGUUCAACGACGCCGGAACAAAUAGUUUGCGCGCCAUCGCUGCCGGGCUCACCCGGGACACCGUCGCCUUCCCGACGUUCUUUGUCUCCAAGCGGCGAGAGUUCUCCAAAAAGACGACGGCGAAACUCUAGAGGACCAACACCGAAACCACCAAGUGUACCAUCGCCGCCGGCAGUCCCACCUCCAAUCAUACCUCCCGCUUUAGCCAUACGGCUUGCCUCAGAGCUGCCAGUAGCUGCUAAAUCUCCUCAAGUUCUGGUCAAGCAAGGCGUAUCGAAAUGCAAAGAGUGCAAUAUAGUUUUUUGUAUGUACGAGAACUAUCGAGUACAUAAGCAACGUUAUUGCUCAGCCGGCGGGGGCGAAGAGCCAGCGAGCCCGGCGCCACCGGAGGCCGGGCCGCCGCCUCAGUAUCGUCAACUGAUAUGCCUGGCCUGCGGUAUUCACUUCAGUUCCUUGGAUAAUCUCACAACCCAUCAAUCAUAUUACUGCACGAAACGUGAAACCCGAUCGUCGAGGUCCGUUCCCGAGUUACCGAGGCCGUCGUCGGGUACAGAGGGAGGAUGGAAGUGUCCGUGCUGCGACGUGGUGUCGCCGACAGCGGCCGCGGCUCAGCGCCACAUGGAGGCGCACGCCGGAGUGAAGGCGUUCAGGUGUACCAUUUGCCGGUAUAGGGGGAACACCCUACGAGGCAUGCGCACACACAUACGUAUGCACUUCAACAACAAGAAACCAGCCGAUUUACAGGAGGAGAGCUACAUAGCAUGCGUACUCGAAGACGAGAGCCGAGAAGCAACGUCUCCCAGUCCAGCAGUGGCAGGGGAGAGGGUCCAUCGCUGCAGCAGUUGCGCGUACACAUCCACAUACAGGGGCAACGUAGUGCGCCACGCACGAUUAGUCCACGCCACUGACGAGCCUGAUGAGGAACAAACCUCACCCCUUCCGACCAUUCCUACCCUGCCUGUGGAUAUUAAAAAGGAGCCAGACAACGACGCCGAAGAGACGCCUAAUUACUGCAAAUCUUGCGACAUAUCCUUUAAGUACGUGAACACUUACAAGGCGCACAAGCAGUACUAUUGCACAGCAAACAAUCAAGACGCGGCCGCGAACAACAACGUUCCGACCCCACCCAGGGUUAAUGACACUCCCGUACUAUGAACUGCGUCUGUGACAUAAUCGAUAAUAGUGAAGGUAAAAACCGUAAAUUCUUAAAACGGUUUAUGAGAUGUUUAUUUAGAUUUUUUGUUACAGUGCCAUCUGUUGAGUACGAAUUGUAAAUAAUAUGUAACGCAUUGAAAUUCGUAUUUAUAUCGAUACUAUGCAGUAAACAUUCGUUUUCUGUAUUUGCCUUCGCUAUUAUCGAAAACUAGAUCUUAUUAACUUCUAACAAAAAAUUCAAAAUUGCUAGCGAGAAUCGAAACGCUUUCGUUGCUUCAAAUCUAUUAUUCUUAAUCGUUAUUAUAUUAAAUCACGUUUCGGACGUUAUUAUGUGCAAUAAUCAAAACUUAUACAUAUUAUAUAAAUAUAAAUAUCCAGCACUGCAUAUCAAUGCCAAACAACUGUAAGUUCAGUUGAAUUGUAUAUAAUCAUAACUUUCCUCAAAUUUAGGUAUUUGUUAUUGUUAUGUAAGAAUAAUGUAGGAAAGUUGAAUGACUUCUUCGCAUAGUGUAUACGUUAUUAAAAAUAUUAGCAAAUUGUAUAUAACUGUAAAGAUAUUAUUAAAUUGUAACUAAAUUUUAUUACCAUUUGUUCUUAGUGAUUGUUCUUUCUUUGUUGUUAAUUUUGUUUAAUAUUAAUUAACAUGUUAAGCAGUUAAUGCUCAAUUCCGUUUGCCUACCAGUGGUGUUGCCAACUGUAUUUUUUCUGUCAACUGCAAAAAAAAAACAAAAAGCUUAAAGCUUUUUUACCUAUUGUGAACAGUUUGUGAUAAUUUACUAGAUUCAAUUGCAAAUUUGAGGCUAAUAAGUAUUGAUGAUUAUUCAUGUAAAAACUAAUUUAAAACACCCUUCAGUAAACAUUUUUCUGAUAACAUUAUGAUAAUUGUUCCAUAUAUAUGAAUAUAAAAACGUUUUUAGGAUUUAAUAUUGUACCAUGUUUUGUCUAUGCCAAAGCAUCGCUAGAUUUUAAUUAGUAAUUUGCAUUUAUAGGUAUCUCACUAAUUAAUAAAAUUUAGAUAUAAGUGAAUACAAGACUUCGAGUAGAUGUACCGAUGUGUAUGUUUAAAAAUAUGUAUUCAUUUGUGUUUCGUCUUUAAUAUGAGUCUCGAAUUUCAGUGUUUACAAUAUUUUAAAGGUACAAUGUGUUCGUUUUUAAAAUAAUCGAUCUUCCAUUUUGUUACACUUAAGAGUCAUUGAUAUAAUCUUUAAUUCUGUAGUUUAUUCGAAUCAAGAAGGUCAGAAAAAUGGCUGCCUACUGUGAAACUUUACACAAAUGAUAUAAAAAAACAAAUUUCAACAUUAUGGACAACAGUAAAUGUGCAAUAACUGUAACUAUGCUAUUUCUCAAAUUAUCUACUUUUUUAAUACUACAGAAAUAAAUCAGCGAUGUUCGUCAAUGACUUAAUUUAGUAUUUAAAUUUAGAGAUCAUGACAUUGUCUAUGUUUUAUCAUCGUCUGUAACUCAGCAAGUGAGGUUACGUGCCAUAAUAAUAAUUAUGUUCUCAAUACGUGCAUACGUUUUUAAUGUUACGACAGUCUCGAAUAAUAUCAAAUUAAUAAAUUAUUAAUUCGUUGAACGGCAUUCGAUUCAGCGUAAGUAAAUGUAGAACUUUGUUGCCUGAAUUUGAUUUAGCUUCAGACUUCGCUAACUGUGUCAAUAUUAAGACAUAAAACCAUCUCUAACUUAAUUCUCGGCCAAUCCAAUCCGAUUAACUUCGAUACGCGGGAAUGAUUUUUUUUCAUAUAUCUGUUGUUUCCUAGACUGCUGAAAGUUUACCGAAGUUUGUUCUAACCUUAGAGUAUGGAGGAUAUAGGUAAAGAAGCAGUCUCUGCGUAUAAAAAGCUGUCCAUUGAAAAGCGAGCGAUUAGCGCCACCGUAGCGACUGGUCUAAUUUCAAAGAUGGCGCCCAAAGUUAUUGUAUUAAAUUUUCACUCCGUUUACAACUGCUACAUUGACAUGCUACUUGCUACGCUACCGCUAUUUUGGAGGGUUUUUAGUUAUAAUUUUCUGUUCAUAGCUCAAUACUUUUUCAUACCUUCCAUAUGUUAAAGAGAGCGAAUUAACUGAACAAAACUUUACUGCCUAGAAUUGAUGUCAGAAAAUAGUCUGUAGUGUAUGGUUUAAAAGAAACACUUACGCUGUUUUGAAUGCGGAUCAACGAUUUAUAUUUGUGAAGAUGGAGAUGCCUCAAUAGAAAAAAAUCUGCUUGCACGAUUCAAUCUGUCUACUUGUAUUUCUUUUUGUCAUAUUUUGGAAAAUUUAAGGCAUCUUUCCGUGUGUGUACCCUAAUAACUUUAGGACGUAAACUCUAAUAUUUACGGAGGGAAAUCAAUAAGCAAUGUGGGCGUAAUUGAUAUUGUAAAAAAUAUCGCCAGACAAUAAAUUAUUUAUCACAUUAUAUGAA